AUGUCGAUGUUCAGAUCCAAAAAGCUGGACCUGGGUGGCUUCGUCAAUAUCAAGGUCAUCCGGGACCACACCAAGAGAAAGGUCUUCGCAGAGAAUGAGCCAGAGAGGCAAGCCCUCCGAUACAUCAUCCGCAACCUGAGUCUUCCCCAGCGAACCCGCGCCCAAGCCCAGCUGCAAUUGGCGCAGAUGCACUGCUACACCCGACCAACGCAGAUUCGCAACCGGUGUGUAGAGGGAGGAAAAGGACGUGGUGUGCUGAGGGACUUUAAGAUGACGAGAUACAUGUUCCGAAUGCACGCCCUGGCUGGAAAUCUCCCCGGUGUGAAGAAGGCGAGUUGGUAG